GGCGGAAGUGAUCGUUCCUCACACCUCCCUCUAUUUGGGCCCUAUGUAGGCUAAGCUAUGGACUAGGUGUAUGGCGCUGUCGCUGAUGAAAUCCCUGCUCUGACGUCCCCCCAGCAUGGGCCCCACUCAGGCUGAGCUGAGCUCACUGUCGCUUCCCUUCACUCACUCCGGCCAGCGGAAUGGACUGAGAUGCCGCUGUGUGAGUCUGAGCAACUCCACAGCCACCCGAAGAAGAAGAAGAAGAGGAAGAAGAAGAAGAAGAAGAAGUCGGGGGUAAAUACGGAAAUAACCAGAGAUGGACAACAGUGACACGUAUUUACAUCUCAACUCACCUGGGGCACUUAACUCCUCCCUCUCACAGCCUCCACCAAUGAGCUCCAUGAUGGGUCACUCGUCUGUCAUCAGCACCUCACGUCCCCUCCCUUCGGCUAUGGGCUACUCGGUCAUCACUUCCUCUAUGAGCUCGCCCUCUGCCUCACUACCCUCCACUCCUGCCAUGGACUUUGGCGCCCUCAAUAGCCCACAGAUGAACUCUCUGAGCAGUGUGAGCAGCUCAGAAGAUGUGAAGCCUCCUCCUGGUCUGCUGCCUCUGGCCAAUAUCAACAGCUACCAGUGCACCAGUCCUGGCUCCAUGUCCAAACACAUCUGCGCCAUCUGUGGUGAUCGCUCCUCAGGAAAACACUAUGGUGUGUACAGCUGUGAGGGGUGCAAAGGUUUCUUCAAGAGGACCAUCCGGAAAGACCUGACCUACACGUGUCGAGACAGCAAGGAGUGUCUGAUUGAUAAACGCCAGCGCAAUCGCUGCCAAUACUGCCGCUACCAGAAGUGUCUGGCCAUGGGCAUGAAGAGGGAAGCGGUUCAGGAAGAGAGGCAGCGUGGGAAGGAGAAGAGCGAUAAUGAGGUGGAGUCGACCAGCAGUUUUAACGAAGACAUGCCUGUAGAGAAGAUCCUGGAUGCCGAGCUCGCGGUGGAGCCCAAGACUGAAACGCACACAGAUGACAGUCCAGGAAACUCUACAAAUGACCCAGUCACUAACAUCUGCCAAGCAGCAGAUAAGCAGCUCUUCACACUGGUUGAAUGGGCUAAAAGGAUACCGCACUUCUCAGACCUUCCCCUGGAUGAUCAGGUCAUUUUGCUUCGGGCAGGCUGGAACGAGCUGCUCAUCGCCUCGUUCUCGCAUCGCUCAGUCACGGUAAAAGAUGGCAUUCUGCUGGCCACAGGUCUCCAUGUGCACCGGAGCAGCGCACACAGUGCCGGAGUGGGUUCUAUUUUUGACAGAGUGUUGACUGAGCUGGUGUCUAAGAUGAAAGACAUGCAGAUGGAUAAGACGGAGCUAGGAUGCCUCAGAGCCAUCGUUCUUUUUAACCCCGAUGCUAAAGGCCUGUCUAACCCGGCUGAUGUGGAGGCGCUUAGAGAAAAAGUCUACGCCUCGUUGGAGUCCUACACCAAGCAGAAAUACCCCAACCAGCCCGGCAGGUUUGCUAAGCUCUUACUACGUCUACCCGCUCUCCGUUCGAUUGGACUGAAGUGUCUCGAGCAUCUCUUCUUCUUCAAGCUGAUCGGAGACACGCCCAUAGACACCUUCCUAAUGGAGAUGCUGGAAGCACCCCAUCAGAUAACAUGACAUAAGCCCCGCCCCCUCUUCCUUUUUUUUAUUGUAUUUGCAAACGCAUCCAUGUGAUAACUGGUAAUUAAUGAACUUGACUGAGGAUGUAAGCUAGACGUUUUGUACAGAGCACAGACGAGAUCUGGUGUGAGACAUGUGUAUUGGGGGGAGGGGGACCGGACAGGGGCGGGGGCAGCUCAUCAAGUACGCUGUCAAUAUGAAUUUGAAUAGAUUUGUUUUGUAAAAUAACUUUCUCUUGUAAAUAGAUCAUUUUCACGCAUCCAUGUGCUCUAACAGCAAAGCAAUGCAACAACAGAGCGUUUAUUUUGUUGAGGGGGAAAAACUACAGAAUUUCUACGAACUGCAUUCCUGUCUAAAUAAAAUAUUUAAAUGUA